CAGGUCUGCUUUUAACGGACGGUCUUCUUCAUACCUCAAAGGCCUUUUUUCUGACCUCUCCUUCUCUGUGUGUAAAGGUGGUCUAAAUUUGCAGAGAGAGACUCAAAAGAGAAGAAGACGAACACCUUUCAGGGGACUUGAGAACUACCGUUUAGCACCAUGGAACUGUCACUGGCUCACCCUGCUCUCAAAGCCUUCAUGUGCGGCUCUCUGAGCGGGACCUGCUCCACUCUCCUAUUCCAGCCUCUGGACCUGGUGAAGACCCGCCUGCAGACGCUUCAGAGCAGCAUGCAGCCCGGUUCGGGCAGAGUGGGGAUGAUGUCGGUGCUGCUCAGCGUGGUGAGGAAAGACAACUUGCUGGGGCUGUGGAAGGGCGUUUCCCCGUCUUUUGUCCGGACCAUCCCGGGAGUGGGGAUCUACUUCAGCACCUACUACUCUCUGAAGCAGCACUUGUCCCAGGACGGCAGCCCCGGGGCCCUGCAGGCCGUGCUGCUGGGGGGCGGGGCCCGGACGGUGGCGGGGGUCGUCAUGCUGCCGGUCACCGUCGUCAAGACGCGCUUUGAAUGUGGCAGGUACAGCUAUGCCAGCGUGAUCGGGGCUCUGCGCAGCGUAUGUCAGACCGAAGGUCCCGCCGCUCUGUUCUCAGGCCUGAUGGCCACUCUCCUCAGAGACGUUCCUUUCUCUGGGAUCUACGUCAUGUUUUACAGCCAGACAAAGGCCUCGUUGCCUAAAGAUAUCAAAGAGUCUCCUUCCGCCCCCCUGGCUAACUUCGGCUGUGGGCUCCUGGCUGGUGUGCUGGCUUCUCUGAUCACACAGCCUGCCGAUGUGGUCAAAACACACGUCCAGGUCAAUCAAAAGAUGAGGACAAUGGAGGCCAUCAAAUACAUCUUCACGGAACAUGGAGUCCAGGGCUUCUUCAGAGGAGCAGUUCCUCGGUCUCUGAGGAGGACCAUGAUGGCCGCCAUGGCGUGGACGGUGUAUGAGCAGAUGAUGGCACACAUUGGACUAAAAUCCUGAAGGAAACACUGAAAUGAGACUUGUAAGAGACAGUCAGACGGUUGACUGUGGUCUUAGAGAGGAUGCGCUCAGAGGAGCGCGGAAUGUUGUCAGUGACUUAAAAGUUGUGACUACAACAAGAUAACAGACGCACACAGGGGCCCAUACCGUUUAACGGACACAUGGUAUGAGAUGUGGUCAGUGUACUGAAAAAAAUGUGUUAAAGAGGAGGAAUCGCACGUUGGCAUUUUUAGGAAAAUGCAAACAUAUACUCUGUUUCGUUGCACCUCAAAGUCUGUAUUUUGGGCUGAUAAUUUUCAACUGCCUUGCUGGGAUCUUAGCUUGUGUUUCUGCUGUGUUGGUGCCAAGACUCGCCCUCCAGUGAGAAACUAAAACGGCGUGUCUCAGAUUGAGCACACAGCCAUCAUGCACUUUAACCUGGAGGAGCUCCCAGAGCAGUAACUAGAUUCUCCAAGCCCUAGUAAUGUUAUUUAUUUUUUCCUGCAAUGAGUGGAGGGAAAAGUAACUUAAUUUACAAAGUUGCAGUUUAUAGCAAAUGUGGAUUGUUUAACAACUGUAUUUUUUUAAAUGGGUGUUUUAGAAGAUGAAAUUAUAUCCAGUAUGUUGUAAUGUCAGCUUUUGUCUUGGUGUUUGUAUCCGUUCUCUCAAAUAAAUUGCACUGUUGAGAAUGACUUG